AUGAAGGUUUGCAACUUGUUACUUGUUGCUGCGGUUGCCAAUUCGUUGGCAAUCAGGACCCCGCAAAAUGCGAAUAAUGGGAAUGGUGAUGGCUCAAAGAAGACUAGCCAUAGACUUGGAUUUAAGCAUCACAAGGCUAUGAGAUUGAGAUUACCGUUGAAGACAUCAGUCGAUUCUGCUGCUGCUGCUGCUACCACCAAUCAAGGUGAAUCCAAUGAAUGGAGCGUUGAGCACCAAGCUGACUAUGCCAUGAAAGCUAAGUUUAUCGAUGAUAGUGAUAAUGAAGAUAGUUCUCAUGCUGAUGAGACUGAUUUGGGAUCUGGUAACCUUGGUGGUAUUUUUGCUGCUGAUCAGGAAUCGGAUCCUACUUUUACCGCCAAGUUUAAGUCGGGUGGAUUUGGUGAUAUGUUUUGGCAAUUGUUGAGUGUUGGCAAAGACUUGACUAUUGAAAAGAUUAAUAUCUUGAAGGACAUUUUGUCCAUGUUGGAUCAAAUUAAGAAUAUCCGUGGUAAGGAUGCUGAGGAACCAGUGUCUCUUAAUGUUGUUGAUGGCGGUAAUGAUGCCCAAGAAUCGAUGAGAAUUUCCAAGAGAGAUGUUGAAUCUGCCGAUGCUGAGGAGUUUAACACUUUGAUUAAACUUGAUAAGUUGAAGGGCCUUUUCAAGAAAGGCAAAGGUGGUAAAGGUGGAUGGAAGAAUAAGUUUGGCAAAGGAAAACAUGAUGAUGAUCAUGAUGACGAUUCCGACUAUGAUGACGACUCAGACUAUGACCAUGGUAAAGAUGAUUGUGAAGAUGAUGAGUAUGAUCACAGAAGUGGGGGGGAUUUAGACCACAAGACAAAGAAGUCUGGAUCUAAACUCAAUGGUGGCCGUCGUGGUAACUACAAGAAAGGUUCCAACAAGGAUAAAGACUUUGAUCGCAAUGACGACGAUUAUGAAGGGGACAGAAAGCACCGUGAUGGAAAGAAGAAUCAUAGUGGUAAAGACGAUGAAGAUUGGAACAGGAAUAAGAACAAUAAGAAGAAUGGUCACGACUCCAAGAAACAACAACCAUACGGAAAAGAAUCCAAUUUCAAGUAUGAUAAAGGUCACUCUGAUUCCAAAGAUUGGGAACGUGCUGAACUUGCAUUUGACCGUGAUUUGAAGCAACGUGAUUUGGAUCGUGGAGUGCAUGGUAGAAUUGUUGGUGGAAAUAGAUUGCGUGGUGGUGAUGAUAAGUUGCAUGGACGUCCUGACGAUUGUGAUGAUGACUUUGAACAUGGAGGAGAUCAUGGUAAAAAUCAUGGUAAGGACCACGGAAAGGAUCAUGGAAAGGACCACGGAAAGGAUCAUGAUUGGAAGAACGAUAGAGACCAUGGUAAGGAUCAUGGAAAGGACCAUGAUAGAGAUCACGAAUGGAAAAGCGAGAAAGAUCAUGGAAACCCACACGGGAGAGAACAUAACGAAAAGGACCAUGGAAGAAAUGAUCAUUGGAACCGUAAUGAAGAUUGUGAUGAGUUUGACCAUGAUAAUGAUCAUCGUGGUAAAGAUUGGAACAGAGAAAAAGGACAUGGUAGAAAUGAUAGCAGAGAAGCUGACUUAUCUCAUCCAGGAAAGAAGGACCAUCCAAAAGUUUCCAAGCGUGAGGAAAUGCUUGUGGCUAUAAGAGAUUUGAGCAAAUUAAAGAAAAUGAUGGCAGGCAAAAAGGAUAAGUCUUCUGCUGCUCCAACUACUGUUGCCCCAACAACAUCUGCUCCAGAACCACAACCAACCGAGCAAGAAGAAUGUCCUGAUGAAUCAGUGUCUGAAGCACCAGUUGCAGCCACAACAACUACUGUAACCCAACCUGCUCCAACUGGUAAAACCGGAGGUUUGAAAUCCAAGUUGAAGGGUUUGUUCAACAAGGGUGGAAAUGGUAAAGGGAAAUUGAGCGGAUUAAAGUCUAAAUUUUCAAAGGGCAAGAACACUUCAACUGCUGCACCUGCUACAACUACUGUAACUGUUGACUGUGUUGAAACUGAGGCCCCUGUCGAAGAUGAAGACUGUCCAGAAGAAAAGAAAUUGGCCAAAGCUAAAGCCGAUAAGGAGAAGCGUGAAGUUGCCGACGUUGUCGUUGAUUCAAAGUAUUUUGGAUUCGGUGGUAACAAGAAUGGUCAGUCAAAAUCAGGAAGUGGAAAAGGGAAAGGUGGAAAGCCAGAGGAAUCUAAGCCAAACAAUUUUGAUAAUGAAGACUGCGAGGACGAAGGGGAAGAAGAAAAGCUUAACGGUAAGCAAAAUGGUGGCAAGAAGGAUAUCAAGGGGAAGUUGAAGGGGAAAUUUGGCGGCUUGAAAGGAAAGAUGGGAGGGGCCGGAAUGAAAGACAAGCUUGGCGGCUUGAAAGGAAAAAUGGGCGGCACUGGGAUGAAAGACAAGCUUGGUGGAUUAAAGGGAAAAUUUAAAAAGGGUGGAAAAAAUCAAGGUCCAGUAGAUGUUAAUGAUGAAGAAGAUUGCGACGACUUGUACGACAAUGGCAAAGGAAACUCCAACUUUGGAAAAGGCAAGCGUGAAGUAGAUGACAAUUUCUAUGACUCAGGAGCCGAAUGGUGUUACGAUUCAGAUUGUGGCAAUGAUGAAUUUUUCAACGAGAAGGAGUUUGGUCUUACAGGGAGCAAUCGCAAAGGGCUGGAACCCCAAUUUUACGCUCAGAGUGUAGUUUCGAAACACGAUUUAGUUGAAGAUUUGUUGUUGAAGGUUUUUGUCCAAUUGAAGAAUUCAGGUUUGAUUAACGACAUUAUCAAGAUGUCAUUAACUGAUGAUGUUGUCAGAGGUGCAUUGACUGAUAUCACUAUUAAGUUGUUGAAUGCAGAUGUCAUUCCAUGGGAUGAAAUUAUUCUUGCUAUCAAGACCCAUGGUCUUGUUCUUGACGUUACAAAAUUUACCUUGACUAAUCCUGAAGUUAGACAAGGUUUGGCUUCAUUUGUAUUGGAACUUAUUCCUGGUUUAAUUAAAGGCGGUGCAUUAACUACCAAGCAAGUUGUUGAACAAUUGAAGAUCGAAGAUCGUGAAUGGCACGGUAAAAGUAAAGGUAAAGAUUUGGAUCGUCCUCGUAUUCAACCAUUAGGACCAUUCCCAGGUGAUGGUGCUGAGGAGGAAUUCUCACGCGAUGGCCACCAUGAAAAAAGCCAUGUAAAGACUGUAAAGGGACACGAAGAAGAGCAUCACUAUGUGAAGUUCCGUAAUGCUACAUUUGAUCACGAAAUUGAACACCAUCAACAAAAGAACAAAGAUAUUGAAAAGUUGCACCACGAAGAAAACCAUCAUGGAGACCACGAAGAAGAUGAUUAUGAGAGCAAACACCAUGAUUCCGAAAAGGACUACCAUGAAGAAUCCAAGAAUGGUCGUGAUGUUCAUGAAAAGGAUAUCCAUGAAGUAGAAACUGAUCACCAUAAGGAAAAACAUCACCAGGACUUGAACAGAGAUGGUGAGUUGCGUGAAGAGCAUCAUGAAAAGAGUAAUAAAGAAUUGAAGAAAGAAAAGCACGAUCAAGAUUUCCACCUUGACGAUGAAGUUUCUGAAGUAAAGCAAAAGAGGAAUGAAUUGGAACACCACGAAAAAGAAGUUCAUAAAAAGGAGAAAGACGUACAUGAAUUGGAUCUUCAUGAGCAAUACAAUGAAGGGGGGGAGCAUCAUGAAGUUGAUCUUCAUGAAAAGAACAAACAUGGUUUAGAAAAAGACCUUUAUGAAAAAGAUGAGCAUGAGAAGGAAGGUAGUCAUGGAAAAGACCACCAUCAUAAAGAUGAGCAUAGAUUGUCUAAGGAUUUCCAUGAAAAAGACCUUCAUCAAGUAGAUGACGAUGCUGAUGGUACUCAUUAUGACAAAGACCUUCACGAAUUGGAUGGUGUUCAAGUCGAAAAAGAUCUUCACAGGGAUCGUGUCUAUGAGGUUGACCACAAGAGAAAGAGACACGAAGUUGAGCACUUUGAAGAGGAUUUCCACAAGAAUGUAACUGAACACCAUGAACAUGAUUUCCACGAAGUUGUUGAUGGCGACUCAUCGCAUCAUGAGAAGGACAAGCAUCAAAAUGAGGAUCAUAGUGUUGAACACGAUAAACACCUGGUUGACCAUCAUGAAGAAGAUCACGGUGAAUUUGAUUAUGAAAAGGAUUUCCAUGAUUUGGAUGAAUUUUUCAAGGAGAAGGAGCACCACUCUGACUAUUUCCACGAGCUUGAACACAAGAGAAAGAGACAUGAAUUGGAGCAUUUUGAAGAAGAUUUCCACAAGGAUGUCAAACAGCAUCAUGAAGUUGAUCAUCAUGAGAAUAUUGAAGAUAAAUGGAGCCAUGAUGAAAAAGUUCACCAUAAGGAGGAUGAUUUUGCUUUAGGUCGCGACAAGCAUGCAGUUGAGCAUCACGAAGUAGAUCACAAUGAUGACUCUGACUAUAGCAAGGAUUUACAUGAGUUGGAUGAUGUUUCAAAGGAGAAGGAACACCACCAGGACUUUUAUCAUGAAGUUGAUCAUGAUCUUCGUCGUCGUGACAUUCCUUAUGAACAUGACAAAGUAGCUCAGGGCAAGGAUUUACAUGAAUUGGAUAAGCAUUUUAAGCAAAAGGAUAAGGAUCAUUUUUCCAAGGACAAUCUUUACGAAGGUGAACGUCAUUAUAAAGAACACUAUGAAAAGGAGCAUCAUGAGAAGGAGAAUCAUGAAACUACGCCUGACAGAAAUCAUUAUGAAAAGGAGGAACAUGACAGGGAAGAACAUGGAAAAGAGAAUCACGAAAAGGGACCCCAUGAACAUGAAGAGUUUUCAAAGGAGCACGGCAAGUCUGUUGACAAGAAGGAGUCGAGUGAAAAUGCCUUUGGUAAGAAGGAGCACGAAUUGAAGGGAGACUUUGGUUUCCAGUAUGACCCUUCUGCUGCUGCUGCUGCUGCUGCUAUUAGUGGCCCAGCUCAAGCUCCAGGACAAAUUAUCCCACCUGUCGGUGCUUAG